AUGGCCCAGGGCAAGAAGAAGAAGGCGGCGGCGUCCAAGCCCCGCAAGCCGAAGCAGCGCGACGCAGCGGAGAAGAAGAUCGGGAAGAAGGCUGACAUGUCGGAGUUCAGGGCGCAGCUGGGCUCCUUCGGGCUCAAGAUAGUCGAGGUCACCGCCGACGGCAACUGCUUCUUCAGGGCGAUGGGCGACCAGCUGGAGGGCGACGAGGGGCAGCACAUCAAGUACCGGGAGAUGGUCGUGCACUACAUCCUGGAACACCGCGAGGAGUUCGAGCCCUUCAUCGAGGACGAGGUGCCGUUCGAUGACUACUGCGACUCCAUGAUGAAGGACGGCACUUGGGCCGGCAAUAUGGAGUUGCAGGCGGGGUCUCUUGUCACGGGAAGAAACAUCUGCAUCCACAUGCUUAACUCGCCGCGGUGGUACAUAAACAACUUCUCUGGCCGUGAAGCUAGCAAUAUGGUUCAUUUAUCUUAUCAUCACGGUGAGCACUACAAUAGUGUCAGGCUUACUGAAGAUCCAUGCCAAGGUCCUGCAAUGCCAGUUGUUAUCAAGACAGAUUCCAAUGUAGCCAGCACCAGCAACAAUGCUCAAACGAAAGCGAAAGACUCAAAGAAAUCUUCAAACAGAUCAGCCUAUGAUGAUACAUCAGUUAAAAUGGUCAUGGCUGGAACUGGCUGUUCUAAUGUUGCUGCUGUUCAACAUGUUUUGGGUGAAAUGGAUGGCGAUGUCGAUUCUGCUAUUGAGUACAUGAUAGCCGAGCGACAUGUGGCGGCCUAUGAUGAUACAUCGGUUAAACUGGUCAUGGCUGGCACUGGAUGUUCUAGUGUUGCUGCAGUUGAACAUGUUUUGGGUCAAUUGGAUGGCGAUGUUGAUUCUGCUAUUGCGUACAUGAUAGCCGAGCGAUUUGCAAUGAGUUCUGAUAAUGUGGACGGAGAUCCUUAUAUGGACUAUGCAUGCAACGAGUUUGUAUAUUCCGUAGGAGAUGAGCUUAAGCUUAGCACAUCCCAGAACGAGGACCCAACGGUUGAGCACAAGGAGGAAGAAGAGAGUUGUUCUAGUAAAGACGAAGCGGCUCAGAAAUCCAAAAAUCCACAUGCUAAGAAGGAAAACUCAAAAACCAAGGAGUGCUCUUGUGGAUCUGCAAAGAAGCACAAGGCUUCUUGUAGUUUAGCCACGGCUGUACCGUCGAAAGAACCUCCAAAGAACAAAGGCGGCGGCCAAGCGAAGGGCCAGAAAGGGAAGGCGAAGCAAAAGAAGAAAGAACCAGUCCAGGCAGCGCCCGUAAAGGAACGCAAGUCUGCAGUGCCUCUACCAGACCUAGGGGCCCUGUGCAUAUAA